GCCCUUCCUGUGCCGAUCUCACAGCAGGAUUUCAAAACGCUGGGUAAGGCCAAUGAGGAACACAAACCUUUUCCCCCCCUCAUCUCUAAACUAUCCUACUAUUCCACAAUGUAUCUUCGGCACAUUUUAAUAUCCCCCCCAUCGAUCCUGUAUUACCCCAUCCACUGUUAUAGGAAAUGUACCUCCCACACCAAACCCCACAGUAUUAUCGCAAACUACUCCAUGACAUGGUUGAGGGCCCAGUACGCAUUUCUUACGUCGGACAAGCAGGAGGGGAAACCUGGUCAUCCCCUGGGCUUGCACAACAGGGCCUACCAGGAGGAACCAGAACAAGACAAACCCCCUUCUCCUACCCCCCUCUUACAGCAUGGCGACGACCAAUGCUGUGUACACUGA